AUAUAGAAAGGGGGCAUCAUUUGGUCUCAUUAUUUUCAACUCACACAGGACUUAGAGGGAAAGAAAAGAAAGAGAGAGAGAGAGAGAAAGUUGAUGAGAAGAAUGUUUCUGAAGAUGAAGAAGAACAUGGCAGCCAUCUUCUUCCUCCUCCUUCUCUGCUCAUCAUCUCUCUUCUCAACUUCUCUUGCAGGGCGAGGAUCAAAGCUCGAUAAGGCGGCUAAGGAUGUAGAUGCUGGUGAAGCCCAUGAGGAGGUUGCGACGGCGGAGGAAGAGGUGGCAACGAUCCACGAGAGGCUGUUGAAAGUUAACACCAAAGAUUAUGGGAGGUACGAUCCGGCUCCAGCUCUUGUUAGGCCUCCCUUCAAGCUCAUUCCAAACUAAUGAGAUGAGAUCAAAGGAUGAGACGACGUGCUAAGAAAGCCCGGCAUGCAGAUCAGUUAAUGGUGGAACAUAAAUAAUCAUCGAUGUAAUAUAUAUAGCUAUACUAAAAUUAGAUAUAUAUAUAUAUAUAUAUAUAUAGUUCGUGUUAUUCCCGUGAUAUAUAUAUAUAUAUAUAUGAAUAUAGUAUGUCAUAUAGAUGCAUAUGAAUGCUAAGUUUUGAAGUCUCCCAUGCUAAUGGAUGUACUCGAUCAUCAUAUGCUUAAAUUAUCAUCUAGUCGAGACUCGAGUAUGCUAAACUAUUUAUGUUAUGUUCCAUGCAAGUCGAUUAUGUUGAAAGUUGCAUUUAAAAUAUGUAUGUAUGGUAUGAUCAUAGAAUAUCUUGAAAUAUAUAA